CUUAUUACAAUUAACUGCAGGUACAGAGCAGCACUACACAGUGUGUCGAAGAGCAGUGGCUUACCUGGCUGUGGAGAAAUGGAAAAGGACGAAAGAAAGAGCCAACGGUUCUCAUGGAUCUGGCUAGCAUUAUUGAUUUCCCAGUUUCCAGCCCAUUCAAGAGCCUUUAUGGUCUUUUGGAGUGCUUAUGUGGAGCUCCGGUAUUUCAGCCAAGUGACCAACCAGAGUACAACUAGUGUGUGUGAGUGUGGAGUGUAUGGGUUAGACUCACCUUUGUAUGCAGAAUCAGGGUAUGUGGCACUUCCUAAUUCGGAUUCAGUGGCCUGCUCUCCCAACAUCACCUUUGCUGUUAACCAUAAGCCAUGGAUAGCUCUCAUCAAAAGGGGUAACUGUAGCCAUGCUGACAAGAUCCGGGCGGCAGAGCAAGAGGGAGCCUCAGCUGUGGUUAUCUACAACAUUGAUGGCACUGGAAACUCAACAAAUCCCAUGUCGCAUCCAGGGACUGGCAGUACAGUGGCCAUCAUGAUCGGCAAUCACAUGGGGAGACAAAUCACCAGUCUGGUCGAGAGUGGGACAGAGGUCUAUAUGAGUCUAUUAGUAGGCAACCCAUAUAAGACUUGGGACAACCCUUUGUGGGUCUAUGUCAUGUCUUUUACCUUCUUCGGAAUAACAGCCAUUAUUCUAGGAUACUUCGUCUUCGUGGUCAUUAAACGCCUCUACCGAAACAGACAACUCCGGAUCCAGCAGAGAGAACUUAAAAAAGUGGCUGAGAGAGCUAUUGCCAAGUUACAAGUUCGGACACUGCGGCGAACUGAUCCGGAAGUUGAAGCAGAAGAGAACAACUGUGCUGUGUGUAUUGACCCUUUCAAGAGGGGUGAUAUUGUGACAACGCUGCCAUGCAGCCACCUCUUCCACAAAACAUGCAUUGAGCCAUGGUUACUGGAACACCAUACCUGCCCCAUGUGCAAAUAUGACAUCCUUAAAGGAGAGGUUGGGGUAGAACCUACUCAGGAGUCUUCCAUGCCACCAGCAGAUGUCAGGUUUUAUCCAAGCUCUGUCUCAGGGUCACUGACAGAAACACCAGAUGUGGUCAGAUCUCUAGAGCAACAAGCUGAAGCCAGGCCAGGCUUAGGUCUUCAAACUGCUGAAUGUGCCAUUCAAUUAUCGAAUCACAUUUAUGAAGAGCCAUACGCCAUGAGAGAGGGGCACAUCUAUGAGAACCCAACAUUUGAAGAGGAACAGCAGAUCACUGAGUAUCAGGACAGUAACCAGCAGACACAUCAAGUUUAGAAUUCCAUAUUAGUCUUCAGUAAGAUGAUCUCUUGACCUGAGGUAUAAUAAGGAAAAGAAUAGGAAAAAAGGGCUUGACAGGGUUAUCUCACCCACAGUUCAGAGCCCCUUACACAAGCAGCUUUAAAUAAUCAUAUAUAACAUAUAACACCAUGGAUUGCACUAAUUCUAAUAAUUCUGAAAACUAAGAUUGUUAGAUUAGAUAAUGAGUUUGGCAGCAUGUUUUCAAAAGCAUGCACUUUAAGACUGUUGAUUUUUCAUCUAAAGACUGACUCAGUCAGUGACUCUGUGCUUAGUGCUCUGCUAUGCAAAAUUAAUGACUUUAUAUUUUCAGAAAUUUGAUAGAUUCUAAGAAUCUACAAAUAAUUUUUUCAUUUACAAUCCAGAAGGGGCCAAAUACUGAAUCAUAAACUGUAUUAUAAUGUAUCAUAAACUCAUUUUCU